AUGGUGUGGUGCCACGUAUAUUUCCUGGAAGCAGAAACCACAAUCUGGGACGACCAAGGGGACGUUUGCGUAACAGUGGCAGAGACAGUUGAUCAAAGCAUGUUUGAGAAUACUGUUGCCCAGCAACAGAGUCCUCAGACCACCAGGCUAGGCCAGCCGACGACCAAGCGAACCCAAGCGUCCCCUAACACUAACCUGAGUGUCGGCUCCUUGGAUUCUCCUUCUUCUGGAGGUCAACAGAGGUUGAAAAAUGCUAUUAAUCUAGGCAAGGCUGUCGGGGCAAAGAUGAAUGACCUAUUGAGGAGGAAGGAAUCUAGCCACGUUGGGGACAUUGGGGUAACUGAAAUCAACAAGAAUGCUGGUGCUGUGUGGAGUUGCAUGGACCAACUCAACCAGAAUUCUGCAAACAGUCACUUUUCCUUUGACUCCAUCCCACGGCUGGACCCACCGCCGACAUCGGGAAAAAAGCGCCUCCCUCGGGCGUUGAAGACCACCCAGGACAUGAUGAUUUCCUCCGACCCAGUGGUCUCAUCUCUGGAUGCAGCAGACCUGUCCACACCAGCUUCCUCCCCUAGCAAGUCAGCGCUUAUAGCCAAUGAGGAGCCUAAAAGCACAGAGAACUUUCAGAAGAGUGAGCUUGAGGACGGGUCAUCAGAUACCAUCUCUGCUCCUGAGUCGGCUGACAAGACAGCUGCAGUUGGGAAGAAAGGGAUAUUGGGAAGCAAUGAGAAGGUGGAUGAUGUAGUAUGUGGAGAAGAGUCAAGUGGAGGAUGCGCAGAACACCAGCUCCAUCUAUCUGCACCAGACCUCAUCAACAAAGAUCCUCCCUUACUGGAACCCCGAGUGAAAACCUGUGAUGUCUGGCAGAAGCCAUCAAAUCUGGAUUCCAGAAUGGCCUCCACUCCAUGCUCUGGGAAAACUCAUUGCCGCAUCAGUCUGAGCGAGGAGGUCUCGAUUGCCAACAGGAAAGACAAUGAAAUGAGUCUCGAAGACACAGAGCCACACCCGGACCUGCUGUCUUUUGAAUAA